CUUUCAGUUACAGCUUCAGUCAGAAGCGAGCUUUAAACCAUAGAAAGAUGAUAUCGAAAUUACAGUUUGUGUUGCUCAUUGCGGGGCUUUGCAUGAGCGUAACCAAGGCUGAUGACGUUGAUUGUAGCCAGCGACCCAAGUUUGUGGAUCCCAAAACCUGUUGUCCCAUGCCGGAAUUUUUCACAGACGAACUUAAGGAAGCGUGCAAGGAGGAAUACUCUGCAACAUUUAGGCCACCAAUGGCAAUGCCCACGGCUAGCGAGCAGGAAGGCGAAAGAAGACAACGUCGUCCUCAUCAUCAUCAUCAUCAUCAUCACCAUCACCAUCCAUGCUUCGUAUCCUGUGCACUACGUGAAGCUGGCAUUAUUGUCAACGACGAAUUUAAUCCAGAGAAACUUACAAGCUAUGUGGAAGUCGUCUUUAAGGAUAAUAAGGAGCUGCAAGUCUUGACCAGCCAAGCUUUUGCUAAUUGCAGUGCUAGAGCGGAGGAAUUCAAGGAGAUGCGCGGUCCAAUGGCUCGUCCUUCACCACCACCUGGCGAACUUUCCUGCAGCCAUCGUCCUGCCUUUUUAAUGGGCUGUGCUUACAGAAAUAUGUUCAAGAACUGCCCAGCCUCCAUAUGGACCGAUACACAGGAGUGCAACGAAGCUCGUGAACAUUUUAGAAAGUGCAAGCCCAAAUUCCGUCGCCCAGGCAGCAAUGAAAGUUUCAAAAGUGCCGAAAAAGCAACAGCUUAAAACAUAAAAACACAAAUUGUAAAUUUUCAAUACUUUUAAAUAUUCAAAAUUGUUUAAA